CUGUCCCAUGGCGAUGUCUCACUUCGUCAGACUAUAUAUGUGCAGGAGGAAGUGAUUGAAAAACACAAAAAUUGUAUCUCAGUAUCUCUCCCUUUUAACUUGAGGGAUAGGCACUAUUCACUGUUAAAGAUGGUUUUUCCCUCCUUUCCUCUCUUUCAUUUUGCUUCUCAACUUUCAUUAUAUGUUUGCCAGGGGAAGUGAAUUUUCACCUGUAACUGAAAUUGGGACAAAGAAUCUACAGACUUACGUUGUCCAUGUGAAGCGACCGGAAGCAGGUCUUUUUGGACAAUCGGAGAAUGUCAAUCUAGGGAGCUGGUACAAGUCGUUUCUGCCAUCCAGAAUUGCAAGCUCAGAUGAACAACAACAGAAACGCAUGCUCUACUUGUACAAAAAUGUCAUGACUGGUUUUGCAGCAAGACUGACAGAGGAGGAAGUGCAUGCUAUGGAAAAGAUGGAUGGGUUUGUGUUAGCCCAUCCUCAAAGGAAAUUUCGUCUGCAGACUACACAUACCCCCGUCUUCCUGGGGCUGCACCAGGAAAUAGGAUUCUGGAAGGAAUCAAAUUUCGGCAAGGGUGUGAUCAUUGGCGUGCUGGACACUGGUGUUUUGCCUAGCCAUCCUUCAUUUAAUGAUGAAGGAAUGCCACCCCCACCAGCUAAGUGGAAAUGGAGAUGUGACUUUGUAGCCUGUAACAACAAGCUAAUUGGUGCAAGGUCUUUCAACAUUGAAGGAAAUGGCACCAUGUUUGAACCACCAAGUGAUGACGAUGGCCAUGGAAAUCACACAGCUUGCACUGCUGCAGGUGCUUUUGUGCGGUAUGCUGAUGCUCUAGGCAAUGCCAAAGGCACAGCUGUAGGAAUGGCUCCUCUUGCUCACCUGGCAAUUUACAAAGUCUGCUUUGGAGAAGACUGUGAAGAAAGCAACAUACUAGCUGGCCUUGAUGCCGCUGUUGAGGAUGGGGUUGAUGUUCUCUCGCUCUCUCUUGGUACAGAUUCAUCAGUUCCAUUCUUCUGGGAUGUGGUUGGAGUAGGUUCAUUUGCAGCAAUGCAGAAAGGAAUAUUUGUUAGCAGUUCAGCUGGAAAUCUUGGCCCUUCCAAUGGCACUAUAUCUAAUGAAGCUCCGUGGGUUCUCACGGUUGGAGCGAGCACAAUUGAUAGGAAGAUAUUAGCGACAGCGAAGCUUGGAAAUGGAUGGCAAUUUGAUGGAGAAUCAGUUUUCCAGCCUCAUGACUUCCCUCUCACACUGCUGCCUCUUGUUUAUGCUGGCGGGAAGGUGGUUUUGUGUGAACGAGGAGGUAGAAUUGCAAGAGAUGCCAAAGGACAGGAAGUCAAGAACGCUGGUGGUGCUGCCAUGAUACUCAUGAAUCAACAACCUGAUGGUUUCAGCACCAAUGCUGAUGCUCAUGUUCUUCCUGCGACACAUCCCCGGGCUGUAGCUUCGUUUUCACCUAGAGGCCCCAACUUGGCCAGUCCUGGCAUUCUGAAACCAGACAUCAUUGGUGCUGGGGUAAACAUUCUGGCAGCUUGGCCAUUCCCUCUUGACAACAAUACGAAUUCAAAAUCCACUUUCAACAUAAUCUCAGGGACAUCAAUGUCUUGCCCUCAUCUUAGUGGCAUUGCUGCAUUGCUCAAGAGCUCUCAUCCUCACUGGUCACCAGCUGCCAUUAAAUCUGCUAUACUGACUUCUGCUGAUCUUCUAAAUGUCAACAGGAAACCCUUCGCUGAUGAAACACUUCAACCUGCAGAUAUCUUUGCUACUGGUGCAGGACCAUCUCAGAUCUUCACAAGGACUGUAACAAAUGUUGGUGAGGCAAAGUCUGCUUAUGUGGCAAAGGUUGUUCCUCCAGAAGGGGUUGAUGUGAGGGUGAAUCCCACUAAACUCUACUUCUCACAGGUGAACCAGAAGGCAACAUAUUCAGUAACCCUCACUUGUGCUGCAUCGGGAUACCAAACUGGUGAACUGGCACAAGGGCAUAUAAUAUGGGUUUAUGCUAAAUACUCCGUUAAGAGUCCAAUUGCAGUAAGGUUUAAGUAGGUUAAAGUAAAAAACUAGGAAGACAGACAGAAAAGCAACCAACGAUGUGCUGUCCUAGAAUCAAAAAUAGUACCAAUCAAAAGAUCCAUCCCAUCUGAUAUUUCUACAUUUUCUUCAAUAAUAUUUAAAUUGUACA